GCACUGUCUAUCCUCCUCAAGCACACGCUCACGAUGGCAUCCAGAGCUGCCAUCUUCGUCACCCUGAGCCUCCUCCUCUCCGCCGUCACCACGCACGGCUGCGGACCCUACUGCCAGCCGCCAGUCGUCGUGCCGACGCCGCCCAUUGUCGUUCCACCGCCAUACCAUGGAGGAGGAGCGCACGGCCACGGCGGGCAGUGCUCCAUCGACGCGCUAAAGCUGAGGGUGUGCGUCAACGUUCUCGGCGGCCUGCUCGGCCUCAAGGUCAGCGUGCCGGCGCGCGACGAGUGCUGCCCGCUGCUCCACGGGUUGGUCGACCUUGACGCCGUCAUCUGCCUCUGCACCGCCGUCAGGGCCAACGUCCUCAGCAUCCACCUCGACGUGCCUGUGGACAUCAGCCUCCUCCUCAACCACUGCGGCAAGACGUGCCCGUCCGAGUUCACUUGCCCAGCCCAUUAACGGACGCGUACUGCUGCACGUACGGGCGCCCAAUAAGAUUUGCUUUCGAUCCGUACGUCGUUGUUAUUUUCGUGUCCACAUUUGAAUCCUUAUAACCGGUACUACUCUUUUUGUAACAAUCAUCAGCCAUCCAAAUCAUGAUCUAUUGACACAUGGAACCUGAGUAAUAAUCCCGCAUAUAUAUGGCAGGCUUCGAUGCA